UUUGAUAUAGGCCUAAUGAAUCCGCUGACCAUGACCUAGUGCAAUAGAUUUCCAGUUUGCAAGGAUCAAAUGUGAGAAUUGCCCUGCAGUCGCUUGUCACAAAACGGAAGUAUCCGUCCUCGUACACUGAGUACACUGUUCUCUCGGCUGCAGAUUGCCUGACGGGACUGAAGGGCGCUCCUCAGAUACACGCGGAGCGAGUAGCAUCACGCCAUCGGAAUCUCCGCCAGCUGCGCAGACUCGGCCGUGGCGCACAGGCACACCAGGGUUUUCCGGUGCUCUUCGCGGAUUUACGCGACUUAUUUAUUUAAAUAGAGGUUACAUAAUUCACAGCGACUUAAAAACGAUCUCUGGCGUUCACUGGUAGUCCCCAUCCUCCUGUCCCGGCUGAUGCGGCCAUAUGAUAACCUACUGUCCUCCUUCUAUUCCAUCCCUGCGGCUCCUUCUUCCUGAAGGAGGUCUCUUGACAGCCUCGAGGCAACAGCCCUGACCUGGUUAUCAGAAUCUGAGUCCUGCUCUGAAGCAGACAGACCACAACAGACUGGGACUACGCUUGAGUUUACAUCUUUGACAUGGCAGAGCCCACCUCUCCCUCUGAGCCUUCUUUGCGCUCCCCCCUGCGCUCGCCCAGUGCCUCUCUGACUCUGUCGUUCCCCUUCCUGAGAGAGGGGAGUCGAGUAUGGAAGGAGGGGGCAGAGGAACCUCUGCCUCGGAACCUGCCAAGCCCACUGCCAACCAAGCGCACCCGCACAUACUCCGCGACUGUGCGCGCUCACUCAGGGCCCGUGUUCAAAGGGGUGUGUAAAAACUUCUCCAGGUCUCAGGGUCACGGCUUCAUCCGGCCCUCACACGGUGGAGAAGACAUCUUUGUUCACAUCUCCGACGUGGAGGGAGAGUACGUCCCAGUUGAGGGGGAUGAGGUCACAUAUAAAGUGUGCCGGGUCCCACCCAAGAACCUGAAGGUGCAGGCAGUGGAGGUUAAAAUCAUACAUCUGAACCCGGGGAGCAAACAUGAGACCUGGUCCGGACAGAUCAUCAGCGCAUAGGCUCCAAAUGGACCUUCAGGAAUGGAGAAAGAGGACUCAUAACUUUCACUGAUCUCAAGUCUUUUUGGGAAUGUAGGGUUUGCAUACAAAACACUUUUACUGAUCUUGAUGAAAUGCAUAGUUUGUUUUCUAAAUUUUAGAUGAGUCAGGAUUAGAAAUUUGAGUAGGACUCUUGUUCAUUUUACAAAACUGCUUUUGCACAAGAAAGAUGAAAUUCUGUGUAGUGACACUCUCAACAAAUGCCCAUAUUCAGUUUCAUUUCUGCUUCCAAAUGGCUGUUGUUUACUUCUAACAUCACAUGUUCAGUAUGGGUCAGCUGACUAGUUUUCUCAGCAUGUAUUAUUGUAAAGUCAAGUGAAGAAGGACAUCUGAAUGAAUCGUACACAAUAACAAAAAUGUAAAAAGAAAAUUUUGGUUUGACCUGCUAUUUUGAAAUUACCUAAAAUAAUGAAGAAAUGAGAAAGGUUAUUGUGCAUUGUGUAAUGUCCAGAGCGAGAGUUGGUGAAGAAGAGCAAGGAGACAAGCUACAAAGCAUGGAUAUACACAGUUAAUGUGUCUUUGUAUUGUUGUUUUUGUGUUUAUUUAUUUGAGGUAUUUAGCAGGUAUAUCCAAUGGUUUGUGAAUUUCCCUUUGAUUUGAAUGACUUGACUGAACAUUUGAGUGCUGUCUAGUCUGGACCUACUUUCUUACAAAUUAUUCUCUAGGUCAAUGUCAAAUUUGAAAUUACGUUUUUAUUGCUACUUGGAACCUAUAUGCAUUUGGUUAUAACUGUGCCCCUGUAUUUUUUGUGUUAUUGCUGGAAUCUGUUGUUUUUUUUUCACAUCUUAUAGCACUUUGUGGAUGACACGUUGGGAUAAUAAUCUUAUUUUAGAAUUAAAAUACUUGUUCGGACAA